UAAAUAUUUUUGAAAUAUAAGUUCUGAAAAUUUUUAGUUUAUUCUACUAUCAUGUUUUUGCUGAUAUUUUUUUUAUUAUUACAAAUAUUUUCAUCACUUUCCAUUGAACCGAUGGAUUCUUUGCAACAUGGCUCCUUAGAAAUAAAUGUCAUUGAUGGUGACCAAACUCGUUCUCGAAAAGUAUUCGAUAUUGAUUUGGACCACAGUCGUUAUUACCAAGGAUACGACAUUGAUAGAAACCAAGCAGAAUCACGAAGAUUAACUGGCAGUGAUAGAAGUCAAUCUAAUUUUCGAAGAAUAUUUGCCCGUAAUAGAAAUCAAACUGAUUAUCGAAGAGGGUAUGGUACUGACAGAAGUCAAGCAGAUUCUCGAAGAUUAACCGGCAAUAAUGGAAUUCAAUCUCAAUCUAAUUCUGAAAGAACAAUCACCAAUAAUUGGAAUCUUCGAAAUCAAACUGAUUAUCGAAGAGAAUAUGGUACUGAUAGAAGUCAAGGAAGUUCUCGAACAGUAGACACCAUUGAUAGAUAUCUCUAUGGCUCUCAACGAGUUGACGGUAAUACUUGGGAUUUUCUGAGAGGAAGAAACUCUGUAAGAGAUGAAAAUUCGAGAAGUCAGAGUGGAAUUGAUAAAAGUGAAACAGAUGUUCAAGAUGAAACCAAUAUUGAUAUCAAGGCCGAAAUUAAUAUUCCAGAGAUGUUAUAAAUGAGGUCAUUAUUUAAAUUAUGUGAAGUUAUAAAAUUUUUCUUUUAAUUAUAAUUUUCCAUGCAAUUAUUCGACGCUAAAUUUUAAUUCAAAAUUCGAACAAAAUUCAAAACCAAUAAUUAUUUUAUAAAAAUAAAUCUACGA